AUGACUGCUACAUGGAAUCCCGCGUCUUUGACGCUCGAUCUAUGGAAGCGCCAGGAUACGCAGGAAACGUGUGUUAUCUGCGACAAUACGAAGCAGCUCGUAUGUCCCGCUUGUGAGGAAGGGUUCCAAUGUCAGUACGUCCAACCCACGGGAUGCAAUGAAUGUCGCAGGGCAACCUGCGUUCCAGCUCCCGCUUCGGCGCUCGAAUCUCCCCAAGCGAGCUCUUCGGGAAACAACGUCGGCGCGAUUGCCGGCGGAGUCGUUGGAGGCCUUGCCGCUAUUUCAAUCAUCACGUACCUUGUCUGGAGAUUCUGCAUCAAGACAAGGAGGCGGCCUAUCGAUCAAGAACCUUGGGAUGAUGCCCAAGACCAGGGGCUGGAGGCCGAAAAGGAAUUUGCUCAACAACGGGAUUUCCGCGCCUCAACACAUACCGUCCACUCGAUCGCUUCAACAGUCCUCACGCGAGCGUCCAACAUCAUCCAGAUUGCUUACAUUCCCGGCGUGACCAACCGAGCGACGGCAUCCCCCACCGUGCUCGUCCCCCCAGUCCCACCAAUUCCUAUCGGCGUAUCGCAAGCCGGCACUCCGGCGACUAUCGACGAUCAACACUUUUUCGUUCCUGGUGACCUGCGCGAUUCUACCUAUUCGGCGCUCUCGUCCUACUCAGACCGUACUUCGUAUGCUCGGACCUCGUACGCCCCGCGAUCCAGCGUUGCAUCCACCAUCUACGGGAAGAGCGCCGUCGUUGUGGCUCCGGCCCAAACGGGAAUGCGAGCCAAGCCGGCCAUGGUGAGUGUGAGGUCGGCCCAUUCCAACGCGUCAAACGGCAGCGCAACACCGCCUGUCCCCGCCGUUGACUACGAAAAAUACAAUGCUCUUCGACCACCAAGCCCGACGGGCAGCACUUUCAGCGUGGGCUCGACGUUUCUGAACAACGCCAGCACCCACACGGCCACACCGGCCCGUGCAAUGGUUGUCCGAGUGGGGAGCGUGAACAAGGUGAACACCAAGGCAUCGUCAAGGGCGGAUGAAGACGCGGUCACAUCGCCCACCGUGUCCGGCUCGACCAUCAGGGACUCAACAGCCGCGACCAUCAUCGUGGACUCGCCCGCGGUCGGCCAGAGCCCGUUUUGCGAUCCUCCGAAAUCCCCCGCGCAAAGUACGGCUAGUCUCAGCGCUGUCAUUGAAGAAGCGACAAGGCGGGCGUCGGAACGAAAUUCGUCCAACCCGCCAAAGGGGAGGGAAAGGAGUCCGUUCGGCGACGAGCAUGCCACGUCAUGA